GUGAGAUUUUUCACUGACAAGUUGCAAACGGCCAUCCAAUAACCUUUAGACUGGUUGAGUCAAACAUCUAGUGUUCAAUUUAACUUGAUUAAUUUGAAUAAUUAAUUGUUUUCUCUGAUUUCAUCGAUCAGUUAAAUAAUUUAAUCCAAAAUGAGUCAAGAUAGCAAGACAAACUACAGUUGUGAAUAUGGUUCACCCAAAUUUUAUGCCCUUUGUGGUAUUGGGGGUGUUAUCAGUUGUGGUUUAACUCACACUGCGGUUGUACCUCUUGAUUUGGUCAAAUGUCGUAUUCAAACUAACCCAGACAAAUACAAGUCUAUUGUAAAUGGGUUUAAAAUUUCGGUUCGCGAAGAAGGACUCAAAGGUUUAUCCAGGGGCUGGGCUCCAACAGCUAUUGGUUAUUCGAUGCAAGGUCUUGGUAAAUUUGGUUUCUAUGAACUUUUUAAAAAUGUUUAUAGCAAUAUGUUAGGAGAAGAGCUAUCAUACACAUGGAGAACGUCUCUUUAUUUAGCUGCUAGUGCUUCAGCUGAGUUUUUUGCUGAUAUUGCUCUUUGUCCUAUGGAAGCAUGUAAAGUUCGAAUCCAAACCUUACCCGGUUGUCCGGCACAACUCAGAGUUGUUGCUCCAAUGAUCCUUAAGCAAGAAGGUCUUGGUGGUUUUUACAAGGGACUUUCACCACUCUGGAUGAGACAAAUCCCUUACACCAUGAUGAAAUUCGCAUGUUUCGAACGAACUGUGGAAGCUAUUUAUCAACAUGUUGUACCUAAACCUCGAGACCAAUGUACCAAGGGAGAACAAUUGAUUGUUACAUUUGCUGCUGGUUAUAUUGCCGGUGUCUUCUGUGCUAUCGUCUCUCAUCCUGCUGAUACUGUUGUAUCCAAACUCAACCAAGAAAAAGGUAGCACUGCCAUCGAAGCAGCUAAAAAAUUAGGAAUGGCUGGACUUUGGAAAGGACUGACCCCUAGGAUUAUCAUGAUUGGUACUCUGACCGCACUUCAAUGGUUUAUUUAUGACGCUGUUAAAGUUGUUUUAGCUAUCCCCCGACCACCACCUCCACAGAUGCCUGAAAGUUUAAAACGAAAACUUGCAGAAAAGCAGCAGUAAUGAUUAAAGGCUAUCUACAUAAAUCUACCCUAAAUUAUACCUAUCCUUAGUAUCUGUUUCAACCUCUAGUUGAAAUUUUAUCAUCUAAUUAGAUUUUACCUUAAUUGCGAUCUGUAAUAUGGUACAUCAUGUUGAUCAUAUAGGAGAAAACUUUAAAUGAUUGUUAUGAUAAUUAAAGGAAGAGAAAAUCCAUCUUUAAGAUUUAACUU